ACAAUCAUUAGUGAAAUGGCUCCCUCCCGCUCUGUCCGGGAAAAGGCCAAAAAGUAUACGAGAAAAGAAAAGAAAAAAUUGGAAAAUCAAAAUGACCGCUUAGAAAAGUCAUAACCCCAGCCAAAGAGAAUGCAGAGGAAAGCAACGGAGACUGUACGGACUCAAAUGGAGUCUCUGCGGUUGAUAUGCGACAGAGAUGCCAAAAUCCAACUCCAGAAAGUGGAUUCCUUCAUGGCGUCGUUUUGCAACACUCUGGAUUCCACCAAAGCCAUAGUAGAAGAAACUAUGCAAAAUCAAGGGAAGUCAGGGAGGUUGAAAUCUAGCUUGAGAGAAGCUGAUGAUGAAUUUGUUAAAGUUCUGGCAGUUAAGACUCGGAAAGAGGCUAAGCAGAUGGCAACAAGGGAGUCAAUAUCUGCUACAAGAGCUAGAAUACAAGAACUUCAAAGAAGUGUUCUAGUUCAAAGAGCUAGAAGGGAUGAGUUUGCAACGAUUAUGUCCCAGCUAUCUCUUGCUUUGGCAACAUCUGAAGAAAUAGAACACCAAGACAUUGACCAUAAAAGGGAUAUUCAAGAGGCAAUGUUAUGGUACAAUAGGGUUCUUGGCUUCAAAAUUGAAGGCGGCCAGGGGGUAAAAUUCACACUCAACAACAUCAAUUUGAAAAAUCAAGAUGAGGAGUGUUCUUUCACCAUUCGCCAUGAAAAUGAUAUGUACACAUUGUUGGGUUGUGAUCCACAAUUGAAUGAAACCAAACAGUUGAUCCUCGAGUUGAAUAAAACCAAUGGCUUGUUCAAAUUUGUCAGAAAAAUGAGAGAGAAGUUUCAAGAAUCUGCAUCACUUGGAUUUUUGCCUCAAACCACAACUCUUUACCAAGAAUCUGCAACAGUAUCUGUGUCUGCUCCAGCUCUUUCAAUCUCCAGUGACACAAGUGAAUCUCCAACGAAGACAAGCAAAACACCAAAUAAACAUAUAAGAAAUUCCAAAGGCAGCCGUGGCCGUGGAAGAGGGAGUCGAGCAAUCAUGUCUCCUGUAUCUGUUCGACAAUCUCCACGUUUUAAGGCUAAGAAAUGAAGAAGUAGAGGCAGCUUUUGAACUUGCUUGUGUGCAGCUAAUCAUUGUUUGUGACUAGGUUGCUUUCUGGCUUGAUAGUUGAUGUGUGGCACGGAGCCUUUUUAUACAUUUUGGAAAAUUAACUGAAAGCGAAUGGAGACUCUCUCCAGCAGAUCAUGUGCCACUUAUCAGACAUGAUGACCUAAACAAGGAGCCCAAGCCAGCUGCACUAGUGCAUUUAUGCUGUGCUUUCUGGUAAUCUGAAUUGAUGAUGGAGGAAUGAAAUGUAAGGGUCCAAACAUGAUUAUAUCCCUUUUGUUGAUAUCUAAUCUUUGGAUUUCUUCUUUUUUAAAGCACAAUGUAUUAAAGAAAGAGCUUGGCUUAAUAUAACAAGAACAAAACUAAUCAUUACAUCAACUAUAAUGCUCCCUUAGUC